CGUUCUCCGAGCCACGUUCCCGCCGUCUGGGGUACGCCCGUGACCAGGGAUCCGGGGAAAGCUGGGGAAGCUAAAUGUGACUGGCGGGACGAACCAUUGAAGCAAUUGUUCCUUCUCGCCAAUAUAUAGAGUCGAGCGUCGGCCCUGUCUUUGAAGUCCUGUCCACCACCAACUCCCAGCUCCUCUUCGCAGAGCUUCAUCCUUCCACACUCAUCUUUGACCACUUGGAUCGCGUUCUCUCGCGUCCUUACAUCACCAUGAGCGUCGACGAAAAGAACAUCGCCGCCCACGUCGAGGAGCGCGUGUCCACCAGCAAGAUGGACAGCGCCGAGACGCUGGCGGCCGACGAGGCCAAGCGUAUCGAGACAUCGCUGUCCAUCAAGGACGCCUUCAGGUACUACCGCAAGGCCGUCGGCUGGAGCGUCUGCGUCUCCAUGUCGACCGUCAUGGAGUCGUACGGCAUGCUGCUGAUGAACUCGUUCUUCGCCUUCCCCACGUUCAAGAAGAAGUACGGCGAGAUGCUUCCCGACGGCACCUACUCGGUUCCGGCGAAGUGGCAGCUUGCCCUCACUAUUGUCACCAACAUUGGAUUGAUCAUCGGCGUGUUUAUGAAUGGCUACUUUGCCGACCGAUUCGGUCUGCGCAAGGUCUUGCUUGUGUCUCACAUUUUGUUUGCCUCGUUUGUCUUUAUCAACUUCUUCGCCAAGAGCGUUGAUAUCCUGGUUGUUGGAACACUAUUCAUUUCCAUCCCAUGUGGACUCUUCGCCGCAGCAACACCUUCCUACGCCGCCGAGGUCGCUCCCUUGAGACUCAGUGGCUAUCUGACCGUCUAUGUGAACCUCUGCUGGGUCAUGGGCAAGCUCAUCGCCUUCGGCGUCCUCGCGGGAAUGCUCAAAAACUCGACCGAGUGGUCCUACCGAAUCCCAUUUGCCAUCCAGUGGGCGUGGCCUCCAUUCCUGAUCGUCGCCAUCUUCUUCGCCCCCGAGUCGCCAUGGUGGCUCGUCCGAAACGGCAGGCUCGAAGAGGCUGAGCAGAGCCUUCGGCGACUCUGCUCUGCGCCCGACGACGUCAUCAACCCCAAGAACACCAUCGCCAUGAUGUCCCGCACCAUCGAGACUGAGCGCGAGAUGAACACCGGAGGAUCCUUCCUUGACUGCUUCAAGGGUGAGAACCGUCGCCGCACUGAGAUUGCUAUGAUCGGCUGGGGAUGCCAGCUCCUCCCGGGCUUCGCCGUUCAAAACUACAUUACAUACUUCUUCACUCUUGCUGGGUUGGCAACCAGUGACGCGUUUUACAUGUCCAUUGGUAACGCCGGUCUCGCUUUUGUCGGCACUGUUUCGUCGUGGUUCAUGAUGACUCGCUUUGGCUGGAGGACUCUGUAUCUUGGAGGUCUGGGUUUCAUGAUCCCCGUCAUGGGCUUGGUCGGAUUCCUCGAUUUUGCCGCCACCAGCAAUCCGAAUGUCCGAUGGGCUCAAUCUGCCCUAUUGCUGAUCUGGUUCUUCACAUACGGUCUUACCAUCGGUCCCAUCCCAUAUGGCAUCGCAGCCACCGUCGGCGCUGCCAACCUUCGCGUCAAGACCAUCUCGCUGGGCAGGAACACGUACUACUUCCUCUCCAUCAUCAACGUGGUCGUGGCUCCGUACAUGCUGAACCCGACCGAGGGCAACUUGAAGGGCAAGGCGGCGUUCCCUGCGGCUGGACUCACCGUGAUGCUCAUCACCUGGGCUUACCUUAGGCUGCCAGAGCUCAAGGGCAUGACGGCUGACACUCUGGACCAUCUCUUCCAGAGGAAGGUGUCUGCCAGGAAGUUCUUGCAGGAGUCGAAGCAGUACCAGUAGUUGGACAAUAGUAGUGGGCAGUUAUAAUAAUUCAAG